AUGUAUUCUAAACUUUUGAAUCAAGGUAUCAGAAGCGCCAGCCGAAGAUUUGUUGCUAAUAAUGGAUUGUUUAAAAUGAAUUAUGUGAACGCCAAUUUUUCCUCUCUACUGCCUACAAAAGGGGAACAUGCCACCAUGAGUGAAUUGAAGGUUAAGCUGGCCCAAACGAUGGGGGUUGAAUCGGGGUACAAACCCAUUCCUCCAAAUAGGUCACAUUUAGUCCAGUAUAUUCCCAAGAGCCAAGCGGAAUUGCCAAAAAGGUCCAUGCAGGACAGUUUUUUGGUGGGUUAUAUACCUCUUUCAAGUGACAAGACUCUACAGGACAAAUAUAUCACUUUUUUGGGGUCUAUCAGGUUGGGAAGGCUGCUGGAAGAUAUGGACAUCUUUGCAGUAAUGGUGGCCCAAAAACACAUACUAAACCCAAAACUGCCGGAUGGGGUACCAUCCCCCCAAACUUUGGUCACCGCCCUUGUAGACAAAAUCGAUUUUAGCGACUUUGUACCACGGUUUUUUAGCCAGACGAAGACAUAAAAAUAUCGGGUCACGUCAGCUGGGUGGGGAAAUCGUCGAUGGAGGUGGUGGUGUGGUUGGAGCAAAAGUUGCACGGUUCCUGGCACAGAAUCACGAGGGCGCUGUUUCUGAUAGCGGCCAGGGACCCGACCAACACCAGGUCGGCGCUGGUGAAUCCCCUGGAGCCGGCCGACGAGCGGGAGAGAAGCAUUUUGGCCGGUGGGGAAUCGCGAAAAACGGCGCGCAUGAAGCUGCAAGCCCAGCAUGUAUCCAAAGUGAUACCGAACGAGGAAGAACAAAGGAUAAUCCACAAUUUGUACACAAACACAGUUGACGUGAAGGAAGGUUCGCUAACUAGAAGAGUCCUACCGCCAAGCACCGAGUGGAUGAGCAACUGUACGCUAUCAAAUGUAAUUUUUUCCCAUCCGGAGGACAGAAAUUUGCACAACACCGUUUUCGGUGGGUUUAUAAUGAGGAACGCUAGCGAGUUGGCCUUUAUUUUGGGCUUCAGGUUCAGCAGAUACAGACCUAUGAUGAAGAGCAUAAGCGACAUAAACUUCCAAAGGCCCAUAGCCGUGAAUUCGCUGAUCCAAAUGCACGCCCACGUGGUUUUCACGCAGCUGCAGUACAUGCAAAUAAUAGUUUACGUCGAAACGUACGAUCCCAUAAACGGGAGGAGCGACACUACGAACACCUUCCACUUUACCUUCCAGGUGCCGGAAAUCGUCAGAGAGGUUUUACCUCUGACGUACCACGAAGCCAUGAUGUAUAUCGACGGGAGAAGGCACUUCCAGGAUGUCCUCGAGAAGGAUUUGAACGACUCCAUGAACACUGACAUACCAGAGUUGAUGAGCAAGUUGUAG